UUCAAUAUGUAUUGCUAUCGUUCUUGCCAUUAAGCAUAGAAAUCGCUGUUGUAGACCCGUAGCUGAAGUACUACGAUAAAUACAUUUCUAGACGAGCUAUUGCAAUAAUAAUUGUAUGUAUGCGGCACCGAACCGCAACUAAUGGGGGAAAUAUCGACUUUAAUUAAAAACAAGGUCAAAGCAUUUUUUAGCUAAAUUCAAUGACCUGGAAAAUACAAUAGGAUGCAUGAUUUUUUUUAUUCUGAGAUUCGUUUCCCUAAAUUUGGCAUGUAUCAUUAUAAUGAAAAGCGAAAAAGAUCGCACUUAUUUAAAUUUGUCUGUCGUCCAAUUUCAACCUCCUAAAAACAAUAAUAGUAAUAACAAUGGCCACCUUUUAAAUCCUCAACGGCAGAAUCGCCCGUUGAGAAAGAGUAUGCCCACCAAACCAAGACUUCGAAUGCGUUCAUCCAUCCGGACACGCAAGCCCGCGCCUUUCUGCCUUUCCUGUAAAAGCAGUUUCAUCUUUACGCUGGCUACGGCGGGCCUAAUAAAUCUAUAAUUUAAGCCUUACGUUUUAUGUUACCUUUUUGACACAAAGCGAAAUAUGUUUUCGUUCGGUUUCGAACCUGGACUAUCUCUCGAGUAUCUAUGUUGCGGAGGCUAUUACGUUUUCACUGCACCACUUCUGUUAUAGGUGACUCAUAUCUACAUGUUUUCUACCGGCUGACUCCUUUAACAAUAGCUAGUCCUCGCUUCUACCAAAUAUGAUUAACAUCACUGAUAUGACUAUAAACAUUACUGACGUAAUGUUACCAUCGUCAUUGGUUAAGGAGGAGCUUUUCAAAGCAAGUUUAGCCAUCAUCAGUCCCGGUAGCCAUCAGUUUGCUCCUUUUAUUUUUGUUUGCCCUUCUCUCUUUUUCCGUUGGAUAGACGGUCAAAUCAUUGAGGCUUCUGCUGCAAACGAGCACUCGUGUCGUCUGUGCCGAUGCAUGGAUGGCUGCUUGUUGUCGUUGUUGUUGUUGUUUCGUUCUUCAACUGACAGAAACCACUAUCACGGCCUUUCCGUUAGUUUCCGUCAAACCCAGUUGUGCUGUAAGAAAGGCGUAGCGUGCAGAAAAACAUCAUCACAACUGAAUUCGAGCAAAAGAAAAAUCGGCAGCUACAGCGGCAACAAGUACGAACCGCUUCUAACGUCGAAACUAUUUUAUCACACUUCUAACAACAAUGACACCGACAGCAAAAGCGAUUAGUGGUGGAAUAUCGAAUAAACACCAUCCCAUCACGCGCCUGCUGGCUUGUUGUGCUUUUGACACGUUGUUCCAUAGAGAGUGCAGCCAUUAACUAGUCAACAAGCUCCCUUCCCGCAAUCAUCCGAUGCCCGCCAACCCUGUGCAACUUGUGCGCUAGUCUGUAUGUGAGAGCUGUUUACGAAUGGAGAGGGCUGAGUUGACCCGGGCCAUCGUGUGCGUAUCGAUGUAUCUGCUAACCUCUGUGUAUAUGUGCGUGUGUGAGAUGAUUUAAGCAAUUGCUGCUUGCGGAGACUAACUGCCUGCCCUAACAGCAAAUAAGCGGCGGCCAUCAGGAAAACAGGUCCUGCCGCUACCGUUGCCGUCGGUCUAUCUCAGCGGCCUUCUGUCCGCCGCUGCUGUCUUUGCCGUUGUUACUGUUGACUUCUGACCGACGAGCGACGGUCCUUGGUUUGCUGAAGGGGCGGUACUCGACACACAGAGUUCUUCGUGCGUGUGCCGUGUUUCGCCGCUCUGUAGAGAGUGACGGGGUGAAUGAAAGCAAGCCAAUACACACUAAUGUUGCACUCCGAGGGUAGUGCUUUUACAUCGAGUGCUCGUAGUGGUGAGUGAACAGCGCCAGCCAUCAGUUGGCAAUUUCAGCGAUUUAAUUAGCCGAGAAGCGUCACCUCAACGCUCGGCUGCUAUACAGUUUCAAAUUUGUCCAUUGGACAAGUGACAGAUUUGGUUUAAUUAAAAUGUCCGGAGGUGAAAAACCUUACCCAUAUCUGCAUCCCUCUGCUCCACCAGUUGACGCUCCGCCGCCGUAUUAUCAAUCCCCUGUCCCGGGACCGGCAAUGGCGUACCCGGCAGCUGGUGCGGCCGUUGCCCCUCCUCAGAUGGUCAUGCACGGGAGCAAGAUGCCCCCAGGAUACGUGCCCCCUGCUGGCUACAACAUGGCUCAGCCUUACUACGUUGGACCUAGUCAGAUGUACCCAUCUGUGCCGUAUCCUCAGGGUGGCCCACAGCCAAUAUAUCCAGCAGCACAAGGGUAUCCUCAGCCGAGUCCUCUGCCUCCGUACGCUAUGCCAAUGGCUAUGCCAGUGACGCCACAACAGCAUGUCGUAGUUUCGGCACAAUUCGACGCUGGCGCAAGGUUUAAUCACAUUUCUAGGCCAAAUAUUCCGCCGCCUCCACCAGGGUGCAUGCCAAAUGCUGCUCAAAUGGCUAUGAUGUCCGGUUCAACAACGAUUGUUGCGGCCGAUCAGAAAAAGGGUGGAUUCUUCAAGGGCAGCGGAUCCGGGGGCGUGAAGUUUUGGUGAUUGAUGAAGUCGAUGAGACUAGCGUGAAGCACGAUUUCUCGCUAAUGACAAUGACUUAACAACAUUGGGCAACAAGUCUGCCAAAAAAUACUAUAAAAAUAAUAGCAAAAUGCGACUCGAACACGGACAUCGACAACACUUUAUGUCCGGUACUUCUGUACUGAACGCUAAUUAGCCUCGUAUGCGUUGUUUUGAUGCCUGGUCCAGCCGAGGUCAGUCCAUGGGGGACUGAAUAAUCAGUGUAAAUACGAGAGACUAGAGAACAAACGAAGUGAAAAAAACGAUUAUACAAGUCAGGUAUCUCACGUGUUUCAUGGGAUUUCUUUAGGCGUUCUGCAAAGAAAAUUAUCUGGCUGCAGUUACUAGAAGGCUUACCUCUUUACGUGUGCUGUCGAUAUCUUGGUGACCUCUUGUUCUUAGUUCUAUCAGUUUUGCGUAAAGAAUAUCGCGUUUGCAGUAGCUGUUAUGACUUUUUUUUUCAAUUAUACCUGGAAAAUAAGCGUCUAUGUUGUAUAGCAACGACAGUCCCUUCAAUGACCAGCUUGAAAUUCCAAUGAAGAAGCAGGUUUUAUUGUUCAUGGUGUUCCUUGCUGUUCUUUUAGCUUUUCAAAUAUAUAAUCAUACAUGGUUAACUUAGUUAAUCAUACUAAAUGCAACAUGAUAUUAUAAUAUCGAGUGUUAUUAUUGUGAAGAAACAUAUGCAUAUUAUGAUUCUUCGGCCUUUUUGGUGCCUUCUUUGCUUCUUUUAAGUUCAUUCGGAUAUAUCAUUCUAGCCCCCCGAUCUCGCUUUCUGCAAAUUUAAGUACAAAAUCGUUAUUUGACACAUUGAAGAACCCAUUUAAAAUCUGUUUUUUUCAAGGAAACAGAGCUGGUUCCCCAGACGCUUGACAACUUUACACAGUUUUUUUUCAGAAAACACGUAUAUGACUCGAUUUAUGGUUACCUUUUGUUCCAUGGCGUUGCCUGCGUUUGUCGACGUGAACUAGCAUUGUUUAAAAUCAAAAUUUCUUAUUCCCACUUACUGCCACUUAGUUGGUAUAUGAAGUGCCCUUAUGAAGAUGACUACUGCUAGAUAUCUACUUCGACCACACGAUGAGUAACAACUGACAAUGAUAAUAAAGAAAAGCAGCUGUGUUAUAUACGUGACAGGCUAGUCGAUAUUUAACUGUGUUUACAUUGCGUGCUCAUAUAUGGUAUGAAAUACAUUAUCAUAUAAUAGUAUUAUAUAAAUAUACAGUGAUUGAUUGUACGACGAGUACAAUUCCUAGUGUUAUUGCCAAAGUAUGAGUUUGUAAUAAAUACUUAUGUAAUAAGUUAACACGGGU